GCCCUCACUCAACAUGGUCACCUUCCGCCUUCGUCCUGGUUCGUAAAUUGGCUCUUUCGGCUCCCGUUACUCCCCCCAGUUUGUCAACUGCCCGUAGUAGCCAUGGCGGCCAUGAGCUUAUUGCGGCGGGUUUCGGUCACUGCAGUGGCUGCUCUCUCCGGCCGCCCGCUUGGUACUCGGCUCGGAUUCGGGGGCUUCCUCACCCGUGGCUUUCCGAAGACUGUCGCUCCUGUGCGACAUAGUGGAGACCAUGGGAAAAGACUAUUUAUCAUCAAACCAUCUGCAUUCUAUGACAAGCGUUUUUUGAGGUUAAUGAAAUUCUACAUUUUGUUGACUGGGAUUCCAGUAGCCAUUGGCAUAACUCUGGUGAAUAUAUUCAUUGGUGAAGCUGAGUUAGCAGAGAUUCCAGAAGGCUACAUCCCAGAACACUGGGAAUAUUUCAAGCAUCCUAUAUCAAGAUGGAUUGCCCGAACUUUCUUUGAUAGUCCUGAAAAGAAUUAUGAAAAAACAAUGGCUAUCCUUCAGGUUGAAGCUGAGAAGUCUGAUUUACGGUUACAGGAGCUGGAAGUGCGAAGGUUAAUGCGUGCGAGAGGUGAUGGUCCCUGGUAUCAGUAUCCGACUGUUGAUAAAGUACUGAUAGAUUAUUCUCCAAAAGCAACUCCCGACAAUUAACCAUUUACUUCUCUACAUACAAAGUAUAUUCUCUUUAGGGGAAAAUUAAUCAGUAAAUAUAUUCUGUAUUUUUGCUCACAUGAUGAAUAAAAUAUCUUUCAUUGCACUAUUUCUCAGCAUUGGUGCAGAUUAAGA